GACUUGUUAGCUUUAGAGCUCCCUUAAGUGCACCGUGCUGCUUUGUGCUUGAUCACUUCCAGUAAACUUUCAGUCCACCAGUGACAAAAAAGACAAUUCCACUAGUACUCACCAAACUUCCCAAUUCAAGAGCAGCUUAAUCUUGUGACAGCAAUUGGGUUAUGCCCACCUGACCCAUUCUUGUUGUUUUGCUCCAAUGUCUCUCACUGAUUGCCUCUGUGGGUCUGCUUCUGUAAUCUAAACUCAUCUUGAAGUUGCUUCCUUAAAGAGCUUCUCUGUCAGGGAAAUGGGGAGGCAACUGAAUCUGCUUCUUAUGCAAAUGUGCUUGAUUCUGGGUGUUUUGCCAUUUCAUGGAUCUGCAGACCAUGCUGUCUCUCCUAAUUCCCCCCUCAGCUUUGGCGGGAAAAAACACAGAAAUCUGGUAGCUCCGCCUCCCGGAAAAGUAUCCCACCACCUAUUGCCAGCAGGCCAUGCCACAGCUAAAGCCAUCCAUCCUCAUGCUUCUGUAAGGCCUUCAAGUAUUGCACUUCCACCUUCUAUGUCAUCUUCUGGAGGUCCUGCAAAGGAAUGGGUGCAUUCUCCUGAACAUUCCCCCUCAAGCUCACGUCACAAAAAUCAUCAUGCAAACAAAAAGUUCCACAGCUCUGCUCCAGAACCAACUUACUCGAUUCCUUCCCACACUAACAGUCAACAAGGCCCUUCAGUCUCCCCAUUUCGAUCUCUUUCGCCUUCUUCAAGGAGUUGGACUGCACCUGCACCAUCACCAACUACUUUUGAAGGCCACUAUAACAUGCCCAUCUUUCCACGUGCAAUUUCUCCCAUAGAUUCUUCCUUGAAGAGGACAAAGUCCCCACCACCAUCACCAAUUUUGGCACUACCACCUCCACCUCCCAAUGAAGAUUGUUCGUCAAUCACAUGCACGGAUCCAUUAACAUAUACUCCUCCAGGAUCAACAUGUGGUUGUGUGCAGCCAAUUGAAGUUAAACUCCAACUAGAUGUUGCAAUAUACACAUUCUUCCCUUCAGUUUCAAAGCUGGCUGAGGAAAUCGCAGACAGUGUUGCACUAAACCAUAGCCAAGUUCGCAUAAUGGGAGCAGAUGCAUCUAGUCAGCAGCUAGAGAAAACUUCCGUCCUCGUUAACUUGGUACCUAUAGGACUAACAUUUGAUGGCACUACUGCAUUUCAAAUCUAUGACAAAUUCUGGCGCAGACAGGUUUCCAUAAAUGCUUCUCUCUUUGGUGAUUAUGAAGUAUUGAAUGUUCACUAUCCAGGUCUUCCACCUUCUCCCCCUUCAGCACCUUCAGCCAUUUCUACUAUAGAUGAUGGGCCAUACAUGGGCCAAGACAACAAUGGAAGGGUAAUAAAACCUAUACCAGUUAACGUGCCAAGAAAAAGAAAUGAUGGAAUCAAAGGAAGUAUGCUUGCUGUGAUCGUUCUAUCAUCUUUCACAGCCUUUCUUUUAUGUGUGGGGUUUGUCUGGCUUUUGUUACUGAAAUGUCGAUCUCACUCCCAUAAGCCUGAACAUUUUCCACAAGCUUUGACAUCGUCCCCUACAAAACUCACAGGGGAUCCCAGGUCAGUGAUGUUUGGAAGCACACAUGGUUCCAGAUCAAUGUCUUUUAGUUCUGGCACACUAACCUAUACUGGAUCUGCGAAGACCUUUACUCUGCAUGACAUGGAGAGAGCCACUAAUAAUUUUGAUGCUUCAAGAAUACUUGGAGAAGGUGGCUUUGGGCUUGUUUACAGUGCUACUUUAGAUGAUGGACGAGAGGUGGCUGUGAAGGUUCUGAAGAGAGAUGAUCAUCAUGGUGGCCGCGAAUUCUUAGCAGAAGUUGAGAUGCUUGGCCGUCUUCACCACAGAAAUUUGGUCAAAUUAAUUGGUAUCUGCACAGAGGGCCAUACUCGUUGCCUCGUUUACGAACUUGUUCCAAAUGGAAGUGUUGAAUCCCAUUUACAUGGUGUUGACAAGGAAACUGAUCCACUUGAUUGGGAUGCCAGAAUAAAGAUUGCCCUUGGUGCAGCUCGGGGCUUAGCUUAUCUCCACGAAGACUCAAAUCCUCGAGUUAUACAUCGUGAUUUCAAGGCCAGCAACAUCUUACUGGAAUAUGAUUUUACACCCAAGGUUUCGGAUUUUGGACUGGCUAGAGCGGCGCUGGAGGAGGGAAAAAGACAUAUUUCAACACAUGUUAUGGGAACUUUUGGUUACUUGGCUCCAGAGUAUGCAAUGACUGGUCAUCUUCUAGUAAAAAGUGAUGUUUACAGCUAUGGUGUAGUCCUUCUUGAACUCCUGACAGGAAGAAAGCCGGUGGAUCUGUCACAACCUUCAGGUCAAGAGAACCUCGUUGCUUGGGCUCGUCCUCUCCUCACCAGCAGAGAGGGUCUAGAAUCAAUAAUAGACCCGGCGUUGAAAUCUGAUAUGAUCACAUGGGACAGUGUAACCAAGGUAGCAGCAAUUGCUUCAAUGUGUAUACAACCAGAAGUAUCUCACCGCCCGUUCAUGGGUGAGGUUGUUCAGGCCUUAAAGCUUGUAUGCAAUGAGUUCAGAGAAACAAAGGAACUUGCAGGUUCAACAAGUUGUGGCCAAGACGAUGAUGAUCUCUGCAUUCAUACAGAUAGUGGUAAUCUUGAAGUGGCAGAAUCACAGCUUCAGAUGCCUGUAUUCGGGGCUAGCCAUGACACUAAGAUACCCUCAACGUCAGAUUUGUUGAGUGCAAGUGUGGGAUUUGAGGUUGAGGGGCAGGAAGUUGGAUCUUUUAGGAGGUACUCUAGUUCAGGGCCUUUGAGGACUGGUAGGAGAAGGCAAUUUUGGCAAAGACUAAGGAGUUUGUCUAGAGGAAGUAUGAGUGAGCAUGGAUCUUCAUUGAAAUUGUGGCCAAACUAAAUUGGUGCUUGUUAAUUUCGUCAGUUAAGUGCAAUAAUUUCUUAAAGAGUUGACACUCAAAUGGGUUAUAUUUGGGUCUUGAAACCAUGUCCAGGUUGAGCUGAAUGAUGCUCACGAUAAGCUCAUUGUAAGAUGAGAAAACGAUUAAAUUUUAGUCGCCAAAUGAUGUGAAAACUUGCAUGAGAUUGACCAUAGCACACAUUUUUUCAUGAAGAAUACUUCUUA